GAGAGAGAGAGAGAGUUGAGAAACGCGCUUGAAAAAGGAGAGGAGAUGUCAGCGCAGAUAGCGGUCUGCUUCUCGACUCCGGUUGGGAUCCACGUGGCUCGCUUUUUCAAACGUAUCUGUAUCGAACUUUGUAUAUAUAAUGUAAUCUUACGAGCCAACAGCUCCGAGAAGAAGGACCAGAAACCAGAACUAGAAGAAGAAGAAGAAGAAGCAGGGCAACCAUGGCGGAUGAAGUAGAUGACUUCAACUUCGAGCAGAGACACGGCAAAUCGAGGGUGAGAGUUGCCAGGGUUUGGAGGAACAACAAAGACGGACGUCAUUUCAUCGUUGAAUGGAACGUCAGCAUAAGCCUACUCUCCGAUUGCUUAGCCGCUUAUGUUCGCGGUGACAAUUCCAACAUCGUCGCCACCGAUACUAUCAAGAACACUGUAUAUGCGAAAGCGAAGGAAUGUUCGGAACAACUCUCAGUGGAGGAAUUUGCUAUUGAACUUGCAAAACAUUUCACAUCAUUUUACCAGCAGGUACAUGCUGCCAUUGUUAAGAUAGUGGAAAAGCCAUGGGAGCGUGUGUCUAUAGAUGGUCAAGAACAUGAACAUGGUUUUAAACUUGGAUCUGAGAAGCACACAACAGAGGCGACAGUAAAGAAGUCUGGAGCACUGACGUUGACUUCUGGUAUCGAAGGCUUGACUUUGCUAAAGACAACAAAGUCAGGUUUUGAGGGAUUUGUUAGGGACAAAUACACAAUUCUUCCUGAGACACGAGAGAGGAUCCUGGCUACAGAGGUUACUGCAUCAUGGAGGUAUUCUUAUGAGUCCGUCUUUAGCACUCCUAGGAAGCCACUUUACUUUUCAGAGAGAUACCUCGAUGUGAAAAGGGCAUUGACUGAAACUUUUUAUGGUCAUCCAAAAGAGGGAGUAUACAGCGCUUCUGUUCAAAGUACUCUUUAUGACAUGGCAAAGUCUGUUCUCAACAGGAUUCCAGAUAUAUCAUCAGUACAACUUAAAAUGCCAAAUCUCCAUUUCUUACCUGUUAAUAUGUCUAACAAAGAUAAUAACAUUGUGAAGUUUGAAGAUGAUGUGUACUUACCCACAGAUGAACCUCAUGGAUCAAUUGAAGCUAGCUUAAGCCGCUUCUGGUCAAAAUUGUAAUGUUGACCAUGCUAAUUCUCAGGAGUUGUCACAGUUCUCUUAAUAAAAAAUUGUGGAAAUAAAAAAUCUAGACAGUUUGAUGGGUGCAUAGUUACAAUCGCAUAUGUUUAAACUAUAUAAUCUCCUCUGAAUGAAAUAACGGUGUUUGAGUUAUUUAUUUA